AUGGGAAACACGAUCGGUAAAGAUAAGGGAGAAGAAACUGUGGACGGAGGACAAUUAGUCCCGAAUGGUGUAUACAAAGUACCUCAAGAUUGGGACUAUAGGAGUGUCCGCAAAUUCAUUAUAGAACGCAAGCUGGCUCCUUUUUAUAAAGGGUUAUCAGACUAUGACGAAAGUUGGGACGAGGUUACACUAACAACUCAUAACCUUCCAAAAGCUGGUGAGGGUAAGAAAAAUGCCACAUUUAGUGGGGAAUGUCAAUCACAAGGAAGUAGAGAAAUAAAACGAGCAUCAACAUUAAACGUAACAGGAGCAACUAAAGGCAAAGAAACAUCUCCUGUAAAAACGUUAGAAUCUCAAUUAUAUAAGGGUGCUGUUGAAUGUCCAAUCUGCUUUUUGUAUUAUCCACGAAACAUCAAUUAUUCUCGAUGCUGUGAUCAGCCGAUUUGUACCGAAUGUUUCGUUCAAAUAAAACGACCAGAAUCUGGUUCUUUAGGAGCAAACAAUUCUUCUGCUGUAUGUCCUUACUGUGUAGAACCAAAUUUUGGUGUUUACUAUAAGCCUCCACCUUUUAGUGCUGGGAUUGGCAGUGAAAACAUGCCUGUUGCGAUUCCAAAUCCAAAUAUUCCACCAUCCACAUCACCAUCAUCUUCGCCCAGUGUGCCAGACGGUAAAGCGCAGCGAAGAAGCAUAAGCCAUAAAGACACUGAUGUUGUUACCACUGAUCAAAUACGACCAGAUUGGGCAGCUCGCGUACUUCAACAACCAUUACGUCAACCGCCUGGUGCGAGACGACCAACUCCUGCGACAUCUUCGAGUACACGGCGUAUUGUAGUUCGCCCACAAGGUGGAAGUAAUACUACCUUCGUGACUUCUUCAACUACUCCGCCUAGACGUACUAAUCCUCCCCCUGCAGCAGCUGCCGAGUAUGGAGGGUAUCUGGCGGCUAUGAGAAUGGGUACCGAUCUGGAAGAGCUAAUGGUUAUGGAAGCAAUUCGAUUAAGUCUUUUAGAACAAGAAAGGGAGCGGAGGGAAAGAGAUGAAAGGGAGCAGACUGGUAGCUCGCAAGACGAAAAUUCCAAUAUCGCUUCUUCUGAAAGUUCAACGACAGAUACAACGACUACAAAUUUAUUUAGUAACGAUGUUGGAGACGAAGAUUCAUCACCUGAUGAGA